AUGCAGGCCAUUCGCUGGUUGAUCCUCCGAACAUUUGUGGUUUUUGCUAUUUCCGUUGUUUUCGAUGUGAGGACCGGCGGUGUUGGUCGUUUCAAGUUCGGUUCGUGGGUGUUCCGACAUCGAUUCGCUAGGCGUACGCGCAAAUCCGCGUGGCUACCCAUUGCAUGCGAGUUGCCUGUGAUGCCGCUGAAAAUGAGCUAUGGCCAAACCAUUACUGCGUUACACCAUGCCGAGACAUCUGUCGAGUAUCUUGACCUAGAAGCCAAUUUCCUCGUCCCGACAUUGUACACUAUCGGAAUGCAAAUGGCACGAAAUCCCGACCGAAAGCGCAUAUUUAAGUUCAUCGAAACGCUGAAGCAAAAAGGGUUUGCUGUUAACGAUGAAUUUCUAACUACCAUUCAGAGAGUGUGGUCGCCAGCUGAAGACGCCAAAGAAAUGAGAUCGACAAAUUGA